GGGCCUUUAAACACUCAAAUAAGUUAACAAGCCUUGAGUUUUGAAAGAUUUCAGUUUGUUUGUUAGGGAACUGUUCUGUUCGUAAAUAUGGUGGUUGAGGAGAAAACUGCUCGACGAAGGGCUCAGUCAAAGAGUUCAGAUAGUGAAGAGUCAGACAAGGAAAACAAAAAAGAGCGUGGUAGAGAGAAAAAAAAGAAAACUGAUGAUGAUUCUUCUUCAAGUAGUGGUAGUAGUAGUAGGAGUUCUUCUAGUAGUUCAUCGAGUUACUCCAGUGGAUCUUGGAGCUCUAGCUCAAGUUCAAGGUCCAGUUCAUCAUCUAGUUCCUCUGGUUCUUCAAGUGACUCAACAGAGCAGCCAAAACCGAAACAGAGAAAAAUGGAAGGCAAGGAAAAGAGCAAAAGUAAAAGUCCAAAAGAUAAGAAGGAUAAAGAGAAGCUUGUAAUUAAAAAAGAAAAGAAACCGGCUGUGGAAGAUAAAAAACCUAAGACCAAACCACCUCGAUCUAGGUCACCAUCACCUAAAAGAAAGAGAAAGGAACGUUCUCCUACUCCGAAGCCGGUCAGAAUUCAUGUCGGACGUCUUACACGAAAUGUGACAAAGGAUCAUAUCUUGGAAAUUUUUUCAACAUUUGGUACUGUUAAACAAGUGGAAUAUCCAAUUGAUAGGCUUCACCCUCCUGCUGGGCGAGGAUUCGCUUAUGUCGAAUUUGCAACUCCAGAAAUGGCUGAGAAUGCUAUGAAACAUAUGGAUGGUGGACAAAUUGAUGGUCAAGAAGUGACAUGCGCACCUGUUCUCCUACCUAAGGUGAUGAAUAGGAGAGGUCGAUCACCACCCCCAAGGAGGCGGUGGGGUAGAUCCCCUCCACCCCCUCCAGGAAGAUUCAGGCGGCGGUCACCACCUCGUCGAAGGUCCCCCCCUCCGAGGAGAGCUCGUUCACCACCUCCAAGAAGGAGGAGGUACACUAGAUCAUCAUCAUCUUCAUCCCGAUGAUAGUUAUUUUUUAUAUUUAUGCAGGAAAUAAGUCAGAAAUGCAUAUCUCAAGAAGUUAUUUUUAAAUAUUGUAUAAUUUUCUUGACAUUCUUAUUUUUCAACAAAAACUCACUGUUUAUUUUAACUGAUAAUCGCACUUUCUUUUCAUGAGUUAUCUGAGUGGUUUGUUUUUAUAUUGUAAUUUUUUUUUAAUUUGUAACAAA